GGGGAGAAGCUCUCCGCUCAAGCAAGCCACAAGCAUCAGGGUGCAAGCUACACCCUCCCAACCCCUGGCCUCUCUGUAGUCCCUUAAAUCCAACGCGCCUUUGUGGAGGGCUGGGGCUGGGAAGGAGCGGGCUCGCCCAGUGCCAGAUUGGAAGAAGCUCGUCACUGCUGAGUCGGGGGCUGCAGAGGUUUGCCUCCAGCCGGGAAGGAUGAGGUUGUGGAGGAUCAGAGCCGGGAAGGAUCCGGGGACAGGCCCCUAGCUGCUGGGACGUGCGCGCCAGCUGCUUCUUCCUUCCUGCUGUGGUGUAGAGGAGGGGCGCUACAGGGAGACGAGCGCCCGAGGUCCUGGAGAGCGCUCGCAGGUGCCAGCCUUGGAGAGCCAGUCCCGGGUCCAGUGCAAGCUCUGAACCCGGGAAGAGCGGCGCUAUUCUGCGUAGCCCAGGAACUCUGAAAGUUCGUGCUUCUCAGUUUAACUUUUUGGGUCCGCUCCACAGUACCAAGAAGGAGCAGACGCCGCACCAGGAGGCAACGACCCUGGUCUCAACCCUGUGCUCUGACUAUCUACGAUCGGCUGAGAUGACCGAGGUGAUGAUGAACGCUCCAUCCAUGGAAGAGAUUGGUCUCAGCCCCCGCAAGGAUGGCCUUUCCUAUCAGAUCUUUCCAGACCCAUCAGAUUUUGACCGUUGCUGCAAGCUGAAGGACCGCCUGCCCUCCAUAGUGGUGGAGCCCACCGAAGGGGAGGUGGAGAGCGGGGAGCUCCGGUGGCCCCCUGAGGAAUUCCUGGUCCAGGAGGAUGAGCAAGACAACUGUGAAGAGACAACAAAAGAAAAGAAGGACCAGUAGAGUCCCCGCAGGCUCGCCUGGGUCAUGCCAGCCAGCAUACCUGAACUGUUUUUCCCAUGGUGAUGGAAGAAGAGAGUGAGCCACAGUCAUUCUGAAAAUGUCAAAUGAGGCUUCCGUUUUUGCACCUGAAAA